GCGGUCCUCUGUGCACAAGAUCUGCAGCCAGGGCCGCGAGCCCGGUGCACCACUCCCAGUUACGCUUCCUCCACUCCUCCGGAGGCCCGAGAGCUCUGAAGGCCAAGACUUUACAUCGUUCUGGGUCUUGGGGGAGAUCGGGGAGGGGGUUGGGCCGCGCCUGGGGCUCCCACGACACAGAUUGCACAACUCCCGUUUAUUGCCGGGAGACUUGUCGGGAUUGCUGCGAUAUGUUGGGAGCCUAUGCAGAAAGUGACAUCACACGAUCUUGCAUUUCGUACGCUUGCCCUCCGCCCCCUUGGCCGUGGCAAGACGACGCUACCGUGAGCCCUCCCGCAGCAGGCAGUUUGGAGCAUGUGAAUACACUUUGAGCCUUGAUGAGUUCCAGUAUGUGGUAUAUUAUGCAGAGCAUUCAGAGCAAAUACUCUCUCUCAGAACGCUUAAUCCGGACCAUUGCUGCCAUCCGUUCCUUCCCUCAUGAUAAUGUAGAGGACCUCAUCAGAGGGGGAGCAGAUGUGAACUGCACCCAUGGCACCCUGAAGCCCCUGCACUGUGCCUGCAUGGUAUCAGAUGCUGACUGUGUGGAGUUACUCCUGGAAAAAGGAGCUGAGGUGAAUGCCCUAGAUGGUUACAAUCGAACAGCCCUCCACUAUGCAGCAGAAAAAGAUGAAGCUUGUGUGGAGGUGCUGUUGGAGUAUGGUGCAAACCCCAAUGCUCUAGAUGGCAACAGAGACACCCCCCUUCACUGGGCUGCCUUCAAGAACAAUGCUGAGUGUGUGCGGGCUCUCCUAGAGAGUGGAGCCUCUGUCAAUGCUUUGGAUUACAACAACGAUACACCACUCAGCUGGGCUGCCAUGAAAGGAAAUCUUGAGAGUGUCAGCAUCCUCCUUGAUUAUGGUGCGGAGGUCAGAGUCAUCAACCUAAAAGGCCAGACGCCCAUCUCCCGCCUCGUGGCUCUGCUAGUGAGGGGACUUGGAACACAGAAAGAGGACUCCUGCUUUGAGCUUCUGCACAGAGCUGUGGGACACUUUGAAUUAAGGAAAAAUGGCACCAUGCCACGAGAGGUGGCCAAAGACCAGCAGCUGUGUGAAAAACUGACUGUGCUGUGUUCGGCCCCAGGAACUCUAAAAACUCUCUCACGCUAUGCUGUGCGCCGUAGCCUGGGACUCCAGUAUCUGCCAGAUGCAGUGAAGGGCCUUCCACUGCCAGCUUCUUUGAAGGAAUAUCUGUUACUUGUAGAAUAGCCCAGAGGAAACACUUGCACCACCAUGCAGACAAUUCUGGGUGAGGUUUUCCCCUGCAGUACCAUCUUUCUUUCAUGGAAAACAGAAAAGCAUUUGUUCUGGUAGUGCAGUUCAUAAACUUCAAGGCAAUAUGUCACAGUACUAACUUUCACACCACCUCUCCUCCCUAUUAUCAAGUAGCCAAACCAAAAAAAUCCCUCACUUUUGUGUGCUGUUUAUUGCCUACUUCGCUUUUUUUUUUUUUUAAUAUUGCACUCCUGCAAAAGAAGAAGUCUUCCCCCUCCACUACCGCUUUAGGGAAAGAGUCAAGAGUGCAGUCAAAUUCCUCUAGGCAGGUGAAAUGUGUUUAAAGAAUACGUGUGUGAUUUUCCUGGGUAGUGGGGGGGGCAUGGUUUAACAUUUCAAGGGAAUCCUUUCUAAGCUUUUUAACUGGUAUGUGAAGAAGAAAAUCACAGAUUCAGAUAAUAGUAAUCGUGUCCUAAAGAUGAAGUUACUCCAACUCCUGUUGGAGUUCAGAUUCAAAAUUGUGCAUUCAGAAAAGAUUAAGGUUGUUUAGCUGUGUUAUUUCACAAAGGCAUCUUGCUGCUUUCCACACUGAAGAGAACAGAUUGUAAGCAGUCCUAAGAACUAAGAGUUCUCAGCCACUCUAAAAUGACUUUCUCUUCUGAAAGCCAGUUUGCGACAUUUUCUGCCCCUCAGUGGAAGUCGAGGGAGGAUGGGCUGGGCUACAUUUCCCAUGGGUCUUCUUCAUUCACUAUGGAAAACUCCCUCUAUUGAAUGAUUGGAGCUGUUUUUAAUUUCCAUUGUCUUGGGAACUUUGAUUUUGAAUAAAAGGCAUUGUUUUCGGAGGAAGAGUUGGGAAGGGACUGGGCAAGAAACAUAUGAAAGCUUCUCUUGAGAUGGCCCACCAAGAUCUGUGUCAGUGAAUAAUACUCAACAACACUUCAUUUUCCUAAACUAGAUCAAGUUGUUACUGAUCUUAGAUGACCUAUAUGCAAAUUUGACCUUUUUUUAAAAAGCUGGUUGAGAACUACAAACAAAAUGAAUGGGAUCUGCUGCUAAUUGAAAAACUAUGUCUGCUUUUGUCUUUUGCUCAUUUAAAAAAAUGAAAGUAAAGCUCUAAAAAGAAGUUUGCCAAUUUCUACUGUUUCUACUUUUUCCAUUCUCUCCUCUUGCUGUUUAUAAAAAGUUCUUUAUUCUCUGGCUUUUGAGUAUAUCUUUUUAUGGCAACUUCUCUGCCAUCAACAGUGAUACUCUGGCAAGGACAGAAAGGCCUGGGCAGAGUAUUUGAGAAGCCUCCCCUUCUUUUAUGCUCCCUGCCAAGCUGCACAUAAGGCCACUAGUGAAGUUUUUAAAAAAAAAGAAACACUUGCGAUUUUUACCCCAUACCACUUGUUUAGAUUAUCUCCUGGGUAGGAAUGGGUUAUUAAGUUUCUUCAGAUGUUUCUAGUGUGUAGCCAGAAAUGAGAUCCACUGCUUUAAACGGUGGUAUUCCAGCUUAGUUAUUAAAGCCACCUAGGAAAAUUUUUUAAAUACUGUACUAAGAUCUGGUUUCUACUUCCAGAGACUAAUUUAAGAUGGCCAAAGUGGACCUCAGCACACCGCUUUAGAUACUAUUUCAUUUCUCAUCACAGACACUGGUUAUAGUCUGGAAAGGGAAAAUACUUUCUCCAUGUGACAAAGGAUUUUACUUUUUUCUCUGUUACUUCCUAAUCACUCAUUGAUGGCUAAUAAAUUGUGUGCUUCAACCCCA